AUGCGGCCGUCCGCAGCUGUCAGCCUGCCCGUAAGGGCCGCGCAGUGUCUGAACAAGGGCUGCGACGCGAGGCAGACGGCGAGACGCAUGGACCAAAAUCAAGAGAAACCCAGCAAGACCGACCGAGCCGUGAAGAAGUACUACAAGGACCUGACCAAGUCUCGCCUUUUGGUCAACGACUUCUUGGAGAAGAACGGAUUCACAGCUGGCCAGCCGAACAGUAAGCGAAGCUCCUGGUUCUGUAGCACCUAUCCCUUGAAUGAAGCGGUGAAGCAAGGUGAUGCAUAUAUCACCUCGGAGCUCCUGCGUUUUGGAGCUGACCCAAGUCUCAAGGACACGUGGGGACGGAGCGCCUACGACUACGCCGCGCGUGGUCCCCCCGAAAUCCUUCAGAUCUUGGCGCGUCAUCCCAACGAACGGCAGAUGGACGCAGAGGGCAACCGCUGGCAGAUGCAUCCACCACCUGCCGGCUAUGCGGAAUUCUUUGCAAAAGUCGAGCAGGACCCUUUAGUGCGGGUUGGCUCGUGUGAAGCCCGAUGGCUGUGUAUCCUUGGAACACGAUGUCUGCGAAGUACAUGA